CGUUCCGUCAACCUGAGAGGCAGAGGUGACGGCCAGAGCGCAGUUUUAUUAGGCGAUCAACAAAGGUCCCGAUCAUGGCAUUGAGAAGCGCUGCAUGCCGUUUGUUGGUCAACCCCCAAAGAUGUGCCAUCAUCUCGGCAGCCAGAGCACAGGGAACUGCUGCACCUGCUACAUUGGAUGCAGAAAAGCUUCAGCAGACACCCAAAGCACCCAAAGUCCAGUUCAACUGGCGCGAUGGCCUGGAUCUGGAUGGUCAGCUUACUGAGGAGGAGGUAAUGAUCAGGGAUUCCUUCCGCACCUACUGCCAAGAGAAACUCAUGCCUCGUAUCCUAAUCGCAAACAGAAAUGAAGUGUUCCACAGAGACAUUGUGUCAGAGAUGGGAAAGCUGGGUGUUCUUGGUCCAACCAUCAAAGGCUAUGGUUGUGCUGGAACAAGUUAUGUGGCCUAUGGCUUGAUUGCCAGAGAGGUAGAGAGAGUGGACAGUGGCUAUCGCUCUGUCAUGAGCGUGCAGUCUUCACUGGUCAUGCACCCCAUCAACGCCUACGGCACAGAGGAGCAGAAGGAAAAAUAUCUCCCCAGGCUAGCCAGUGGAGAGAUCCUGGGUUGUUUUGGGUUGACGGAGCCCAACCAUGGCAGUGACCCCAGCAGUAUGGAAACCAGAGCCAAGUACAAUCCAUCCAGCCGCACCUACACUCUGACUGGCUCAAAGACCUGGAUCACCAAUUCCCCAGUAGCAGACAUCGCUAUAGUCUGGGCCAAAUGUGAUGAUGGGCAGAUUCGAGGUUUCAUCCUGGAGCGUGGCAUGAAUGGACUCUCCACACCCAAGAUCGAGGGCAAGUUCUCACUGAGGGCAUCCUCCACCGGUAUGAUCCUUAUGGAUGAGGUGGUGGUGCCAGAAGAGAACCUAAUGCCCAAAGUGUCUGGUCUAGGGGGACCCUUUGGCUGCUUAAACAAUGCGCGGUAUGGUAUCGCAUGGGGUGCCCUGGGGGCUGCAGAGUUCUGCUUCCAUGCUGCACGUCAGUACACACUAGACAGAAUCCAGUUCGGUGUGCCACUGGCCAGGAAUCAGCUGAUGCAAAAGAAGAUGGCAGACAUGUUGACAGAGAUCACCAUCGGCCUGCAGUCGUGCCUGCGACUGGGAAGACUCAUCGAUGAAAAGAAAGCAGCCCCAGAGAUGAUAUCUAUGCUGAAGAGGAACAGUUGCGGUAAAGCCCUAGACAUUGCCAGACAGGCCAGAGACAUGCUCGGAGGAAACGGCAUUUCUGAUGAGUAUCACAUCAUCCGUCAUGUCAUGAACCUGGAGGCUGUUAACACAUAUGAAGGUACCCAUGAUAUUCAUGCCCUGAUCUUGGGCAGAGCUAUCACUGGAAUGCAGUCCUUUACUGUGGAUAAAUAGACUUACUCAGUUACUGCUGUUCCUGCUCGAGGCAGACAACCACCGCCUAACGAGACCAAACAUGUUGGUCUCCUGUCUACUGUAAUAAGGCACAGUUUUCACAUUACUUUGAUGUGUUAUCAUCUGCGGAAGUGUUUUUUCUUCUUCUCUCAAGUUUGUCAAAUAUAUAUUUGAAGGUUUUAUUUUGAGAGAGUCAUUUUUUCAAAAGGAAGUCUGUCAAUGAACUAAUGAACUCUUGUGGAGUUUAAUUGUUCUCCAGUUCUCAACCAUAAAGAUUACUAUUUUUCUACUCCCUGAUUCCAUAUCCACACAAUGGUUGAUUUUCAGCCUCCAUUCUUCCAGUGUAUAAUUUGAAAUAAAGCAGUUAAACAGUUUCACUAUUGUCACAAAGUAUAAACUGAUGGUGUUGGAUGAGGUCAAGACAUUUUGGUGCGUUUUGAGUUUUUUUUGAGUUGUGCAGAUUUGCUUGUUAUUGUCAGCAGUGAUACAUAAUUUUCUCUAACAAUAAUUACUGCGCAACACAACUGGAUUGAAACGGAACUUCUAAAAAUUAGCUAGGUUUUUAUUCACUUCAUCUGUGAUUUUUUUUUUUUCCCAUCUGAUAAUCGAAGACCCUCUGGUAAAUGUAAUUAGGGACACCACCAUCAAUACCGUUUGCACUUAACUGACUAAUUCUGGUGAUAUCAGCAUUUAGCAUGGUUUGUAAAAGGUCAAGGUUGUAUAUCUGAGCUUUUAAUAAAUACUGCUUAUUUAAGUAGUCAAAAUGUGUUUUAAC